UGCAAGGGCCCUGGGGCACUCCAGGCCACUGUCCGAGACUCCCCUCCUCCUCCAGUGCCUACGGCGGCUCCUUGGCACCUCCCAGGGGCCGAGAGCCUUUUCAGCUCGCCUUUUCUCCGCAGCACCCCGAAAUACGCGUUGUUCCUCGCUCUUCCUGUAUCCCCAGAGCCCGUGACUUUCCUCCGCGACGUUUGGACUCCCGAGACGGCCUUUUUUCUUUUUGCAGGACCAGUCGCCUCACUCUCUACCACCGAGCCCAUUUUCAGGGUUUCUCUCUCCUGUUUGCUCGCUUUGGAUUUAGAGACUCAAGGCAGAAAUUCCCGAGAGGGAAACCUUUCUCCCUUUCUUGAGAUGCCCCCAUUUCCUCCAACCACAAUGCUGCUUGAACUGGGGUCACUCAAGCGACCUCUUUUAUCCCUAAUUCCUUUCUAUAUUAGGAAGAGAGUCGCCUGCUCAGGGCCCCCUCUUCUAAGAAAGAGCUCUGUGUGUUUUCAGUGUCCCUCCUGUUAAGCUUUCUGGUCCCCGGGAGAACCCUACUGUUUUCCUUUCCACUGACAAAGCCUGUCCCACCCAUAGUUGUAUGUGAUGAAGACCCCCGGGCCCUCCAGCAAGCCACCCUCCAUAUUGUGGAUAUGACAGCUGUGGAAAGAGUAGCUCCUGGACAAAAUAAAUAGUCCCUGGACUGGCCACUUGGGCAAAACUUCCUAUGUGAGGGUCAGGUUCUUGGGGGAAUACUUGCCCUGAUGUCGCCAAGUGACACCCUUUAUUUUCUGUCCCCUCCCCCCAACUUUAUGCACUCUGGAGUUUGCAGUGGGAAAGCUAUAACUGAUAAGAGCCCUUCAGGCAGUGGUUUUGGUUGGAGUCCAGACUGAUUAUUUCAGGACCAGCUAGAGAAAUUCGCGAAGGUUCCUGUGACAAAUCGAGAAUUUUUUUUUUGAAGAGUAAUUUAGAGGGUAGGGGGAGCCCAGAGUUCUGAACAGCUAGUCCUUGGGGAGAGGGGCAAGUGGGGGCUUAGAGGGUGGUAGUGUGGAACACAAUUUAAAAGUCCUGUCUGCUGUUUAUCUCCCUCCUCCCCAUCCCCCUCACCGUUUCCCCCUGUUGCGGGGUUUUGUUUAUAUAACUCAAGUUGUUUGGCUGAAUUCUUCAGAAAUGGAUCCCUGGAAUUAGAUGGAGUAUUGUGAAAGUAUAAUUUAAAAAAAAUGUUUUUGUAGAGACACAGUCUCACUAUAUUGCCCAGGCUGAUCUCUAACUCCCAGGCUCAAGUGAUCCUAUUACUUUGGCCUCCUGAAGUGCUAGGAUUACAAGUGUGAACCACCAUGCCCAUCCUGAAGAGACAGGGUGUCACUCUGUUGCCGAGGCUGGAGUACAGAUGCCAGCAUAGCUACCUGUAGCUUGAACUCCUGGGCUCAAGGGAUCCUCCCAUUUCAGCCUCCUCAGUAGCAUGGAUAACAGGAUGUCAGAGGGUGACUGGUCAGAGUAGGCAUGCAUGUGUCAUUUGACCAAGCGAGAAAUAAAGCCAAUUUUCCUAUGUGGACAGCGUUGAAUCCUUUUAGUGUGCAUGUUUCUAAGCAUUGAGAGUAAACAUGAGGUUACGAUCCUGGGAGGACUCAAUGAAUUUGUAGUGAAGUUUUAUGGACCACAAGGAACACCAUAUGAAGGCGGAGUAUGGAAAGUUAGAGUGGACCUACCUGAUAAAUACCCUUUCAAAUCUCCAUCUAUAGGAUUCAUGAAUAAAAUUUUCCAUCCCAACAUUGAUGAAGCGUCAGGAACUGUGUGUCUAGAUGUAAUUAAUCAAACUUGGACAGCUCUCUAUGAUCUUACCAAUAUAUUUGAGUCCUUCCUGCCUCAGUUGUUGGCCUAUCCUAACCCCAUAGAUCCUCUCAAUGGUGAUGCUGCAGCCAUGUACCUCCACCGACCAGAAGAAUACAAGCAGAAAAUUAAAGAGUACAUCCAGAAAUACGCCACGGAGGAGGCGCUGAAAGAACAGGAAGAGGGUACCGGGGACAGCUCAUCGGAGAGCUCUAUGUCUGACUUUUCCGAAGAUGAGGCCCAGGAUAUGGAGUUGUAGUAGAAAAGGCACCUGCUUUUCAGAAAGACUAUUAUUUCCUAACCAUGAGAAGCAGACUAUAAUAUUCAUAUUUAAACAAAGCAAUUUUUUUUAUUACUAAACAAGGUUUUUAUGAAUAAUAGCAUUGAUAUAUAUAUAUUAUAUAUCACCCUUUAGAUCUUGAUUUCUUGGUCAUUUCUCAACCUGAGGUGCAUAGCAUAUUCCCACAUUCCAUUUGGUAGCAAUAUGCGGUCUGAAUGCAUGCAUUCAUGAGUCCAUGUGGCCAAGUCAGCCUGUGUGCUACUGAACUGUCAAGGGAAAUAGCCGCUCUGAUAGGUAGAUGUGAGUAAAAAGAACAGGAAAAAAAUCGCUUCUUUUAUUGAUGGUUCCAAAGAAACAAACCAAACCAACCAGCUCUUGGAUGUGAAGAUAAAAUAGUGCUUUUUUGAAAUGGAAAGGAAAAACUUGGGGAGGAAGAGGCCUGCUGUGGGGGCAUUGGAGCCAGCCACAUAAGAAUCAGAGCUGCUCCUUCCUGUGAAUCCUAGGUGGCCCUAUGUCUUCUGUGGAGUUACAGUAUAAAACAGGGAGCUAAUUAGAGUAUUAAAACUUAAAACCAUUUUUUGACUCUGAUUUUAAGUACAUUUUUUUAUGUCAGUUCCUGCCCUUCACACUACCAGGCCCUGCAGCCACAGUGUUCUGUUGGAGAAACUUGGAGAAGUGUUUUCUGAAGCAGUUCUUUUUCUUGGGGUAGAGCGUAUAAUCCAGACUUGUUUUUGAAAGGACAGCACAGGAGGAGAAAAGUGACUGGGACGAUGCUUCCUCUCAUCCAAAACACAUGCAGAGUCACAUCCUCAUCCUAGUGUUUGGCAGUUUGAGACCGCUACCCUGAACUUAAGAGCUUUAAAUGUGAGGGUUGUGUUUCUGGGGGGGUUAUUUUUUUGGUGUGUGUGUGUGUGUAUUGUGCUUAGAAGGGUUGCAGAUUUCAUCUUCACCUACCAAGAGGCGGCCGCCUCCUUGGACAAGCCGCUCAUGGACCAUUAGACUUGAGAAGAAGACCCAUGUGGUGACUGCAAAGCACUGGGUACUUGCCUUCACGUUUUGGUUUGGUUUUCCCUUUUUCUGCUGCUCUUGGCAGCAGCCUGGUCAUCAUCUGCUUGUGGGAGUGGGAAAUGGGUAUUUUAGACCCAACACAGGUCCUAAAUUUAAAACAAAUAAUAAUUGGAACAAAUAAAGGUUCUUGUACCCAGAGUGAUCCUACAUGGGAAAAACAAACCAGCUUUUUUUAGAGAGUGACCGAGUAGGAAGAAGGGAUUCAGAAAUAUGAUGUAGUAGAACAUGCCCUGCAGGAAGAAAAUGUUUUCUCUCCUGUGUAUGUUAAGAGGAAAUCAGUUUAAAAUGCCUGCUAAUCAAAUGUCAACUCAGCUAACCAUAUGUCCAGGUUGCUGCAGAGUUUCUUUCAAAUCUGAAUGUUGCCUGCUGAACUCGGAGGGGAGUUUGGAGAAAUUUUAUACAGCAGCUCUGUAUUCUUUUUUUGCCGCAGCCAAUAAGAUAAUAGCAGAAUUAGCCAAUCCUAAAACCUUCUAAAGACGAUUUUUGAGCAUCCCACUGGGAUUAUUUAAUUUUUCUUUUUGACGUGUGUUUUUAGUUUAGAAGUGCUGUAUUCCACGAGGUUUAAGUCAGUGAGGUUGGAAGAUACCCUAUCUUUUUUAUUCAAAAAGCACAAUCAAUCUUUUGUUUGAAAAUCUAUAUAAAGUACAACUUGCUUUUAGCAUGAUUAUUUUCCUAAAUAAAAAGACAAAGAAUUUACUUACUUUAUGUUAAUUACGGGCAUGAAACAAAAGGUUUUCUUUAAAAAAAAAAAAAAAAAAAAAGUGCAGUGAUGUAGGGCUGUGGUUAGUUAACCGUACUGAGUUAUCCAUCUAGCAUCUGUGGCUUGCUGGAAGGGUAGUAUUAACUAUUUAACAUGUAAUGGUGUACUUCACUCUUACCUAGCACGCUGUCUUCUCAUUGCUUUGGGGGAGGGAGGGUCUCUGCUGGCACUGUCUAACUUGCUUACCUGCUGACUUGCAGUUUGCUUGUGCUAUGACAUUUAUUGUAGGUGCUAUUUAGGGUAGGCUUAAAGUGCUGGGUGGUGAUUUGAGUUCAAACAAUAAAAAAUUGUAUUUUUUCAAUAUUGUAUAAACAAUAGUGUUCUAAUUACCUAAAAAAAAAUAAUGACCCGUUAAGAAUUGCUUUUGAUCUUGUCAAAAAACUGAAUAGACCCCAGUUUCGGGAAGGUGUGUGAGCAGUGCCAUGACUCUGCCCCUUACCUAAUCCCACAUCUCUCUUACAAUAAGACAUUGGCUCGCCUCUGACCAGAGCCCCAGCACCAGAGAGCCGAAGAUGCAGAAUUGUCAAAUGACCUGCUGGGGAAGGUUGUAGGAGUUAAGCAGAUUUGAGUGUGGCUGCAGAGAGAGAGAGUGUGUGUGUAUGUGUGCGCACGUGUGAGUGAGCGAGAAAGUGUAUGUGUGUGUCCAUCUAAGUCUGUAUGAUGAAGGUGGGAUAAGGCUCCUCUGUUAGCGCUGGAAGCUCCUGUAAUUGCCGCAUGGAUCCCACUGUGCCCUCUUGUUCUGUGCAAGUCUGUCCUGUCUGGGCACUAACCUUGGUCCCAUGCAUGUUUACAUUCUGGGUGGGGCUUUGCCUCUCCACUGGGAAACUGACUUUUGCUGGGUUGAACAGAGUCCCUUACGCUUUUUGUCCCCUCCCUGCGUCUGGGAGAGGUGGGAGUAGGAGCCCAAACACAAAGGUACAGAAAGAUCUGGAAGAAGGCCUGGCAGUGAAUCCAAGGAUUCUAGGCCCCCAACAAUAGAUGGUAGCGUGAGUCUGGAGCCAGGGGUGUUUCACCACCAAAUGCCUUUCCAGGCUGCCCUUCCAACACAGAAAAGCAUCCAGAUCCCUGGGCAGAGGCUCUACGUUCUUGGCUUUAGAGGUUGGUGGCAGCGGCAGCAUGUCAGAGCCACUUCUGGCAGUUUCCCUCCCCUUUUUAGUGCCCAUAGUUUUUGGAUCCUCCCUUGUGUUUUACCAGCACAAGCCAUUCUUUGCCCCUGUUCACAUAACUGAGCUCAAGCUCUUGCCAAACACCAACGAGCAAGAUGGUUGCAACCUGGCAACAUUGAAUCCACCACUUUUGGGCUCCCUCUGGAAGCCCCAGCACCGGGGGCUUGUGGGCACAGGGUCAGUGGUAGCCAUCUUAGACACUGGCAUUUGGCUUUGUCUUCAAUCUCAUCACCCUCCUUGAGGUUACUGUGCAGUUUCAACCAGCAUUUUAUACUAGUGAGGUCAUUAUCAGGAGUUGCCAUAUCAUCUCUCCAGUACCUAACAUUUCUCAUCCACUUCAAAAGCUGUUCUGACUGCCAGUUGGCUGAUCUAAGCUCCUGAGGAAUGUCUCAAAGGAAUUUUUCUCUCCAGAGGCCCCCUGAAGUCCUAGUUGGCAUUGGCCUAGCACAUGCUUUAUGUUAGGCCUCCCGUUGGGAUGGCUGAGAAUCAUGAAAGACAGAUCCUCCGCUAGCCUCUAUGGGUCAAGUUUCUAGACACCAAGUCUCUGGGAACUAGUGUUUGAUUUUAAAUGGCAUGUGGCCCUUCCUCGUUUCAGUGACUUAGAAAAGUAAAAGCCAUUUAAAAAAGUUAGCAAGAUUUUUUAUCGACUUCCCAACUGGGCUUCCAGCCUUGUUGAAUGAAAUCAAAUAUCUCUGAUUGGGCGCAACGAACUGCAUUUCUUUGGAUUUCUGAAUCCAUGUUUGUGCUUUCUCUGGCCCCUGAACACCUCGGCGAUUCUGUUAGGGAUGGGAUGAGUGGGAGGAAGCCUUUUGAGAAGGGGGAGCUGGCCCUGUCAUGCGCAGGUUUUCCACUCAUCUGAGGAAGAGCCAGGGCUCUGAAUUUAGCCUAACACUCAUCUUGGCUGUGGGCUUGGGAAGAUAUGGCCAUUAUUUAUGGAUUGUAUUUGGUACAUACUGUGUGAUACUUGAAAAGAUAAAAGGGACUGCCAGCCCCUAACUGAAAUCUGAAGCUUUUUAUCGCUUAUUUUUCCUCGCCCUGUCUCCUCCCUUCCACCUUUCUCCUUGCAUUGUGAUGAUCUAGUAGGCAUGUCUGUCAACAGGACACAUGCCUCCUCUGACUAUAACCUCUUAAUAGUUGUGUAUAAUGAAAACUGUAAACUUUUUUAAAUAAACGUGUAUAUACCUUGGCAAA